AGCUUCGACAAUGUACGGACCACUUGUGCAUUUCAUCAAAGCGAUCGAUCACAUACCGACCCGAUUCAAUGUAUCUAUUAUGCUGUUUAUGGCAUGCUUGAUCAGCUAUAUGUUGCGAGUGAACAUGUCCGUCAAUAUAUUGGCCAUGGUGCAGCCGAUUCAAAGCAGCGUCAAACAAUCCGUACCCGGCCACAAUGGCAACAUAACUGACGAAUCGAUUAAUCAAACAAUGAUAGGACAUUCAAAGAUCCCAGAUUAUGGUCCACGGUAUAACUGGAGCUCACACGAUCAAAGCAUCAUUUUGGGCGCCUAUUUCUACGGUUAUCUGAUAUCUUCGUUGCCGGCCGGUAUUUUUGCGGAACGUUACGGUGGACGUAACAUGGUUGGACUGUCGUUGGCAUUUAGCGCACUCCUCACCGCGCUGACACCGCUGGCCGCCGACAAUGGCAUGUGGGCCACUAUUGCCAAUCGCGUGGCGCUAGGAAUUUUAGGUGGUUUUCUGUAUCCAGCUCUGCACAACCUCAUCUCCAAAUGGGCACCACCAGACGAGAAGGGAAAGUUCGUAUCGGCGCUUAUGGGUGGAACAUUUGGCACGGUAAUAACUUGGCCGCUGGUUGGCGUUCUAAUCGAAACCCUCGGCUGGUCGUUUGCGUUCUACAUUCCUGCCGCCAUCGCUGCCAUCGCAGCAGUGCUGUGGUACAUUAUCGUGGCCGAUAGCCCAGCCACACAUCCUCGCAUUAAGUCGGAAGAAAAGGAUUACAUUGAAAAAUCGCUCGGCGAUACGGUCUCCAAAUCGAAGCUUUUACCACCCAUUACAUCGCUCGCCACAUCACCACCAUUCCUGGCCCUGCUAGUGUUACAUUUUGGCAAUUUAUGGGGCUUGUACUUCUUGAUAACAGCUGCACCCAAGUUUAUGAGCGAGGUACUCGGGUUUAACCUAGCUAAGGCUGGAUUCCUAUCUGCACUGCCUUACUUGGCCCGAUCGUUGGCAGCAUUUGUGUUCGGCACGAUAGGUGAUAUACUGCGAAAGAAAUCAAUUAUUAGCGUUACGGCAAUACGCAAAUCAUUUUGCAUAUUUUCUCACAUAAUACCCGGCCUGUUUCUCGUCGGGCUGAUCUACAUCGGCUUUGAUCCGUAUGUCUGUGUCGCCAUUAUUACACUCUCGCUCGGGUUUAACGGUGCAUCCACGAUGACCAAUCUCCAAAACUCCCAGGAUCUGGCGCCAAACUUUGCCGGAACGCUUUACGGGAUCAUUAACUUCGUCGGAACGUCUAGCGGCUUCAUCUCACCCAUCCUGGUAGCGCACUUUACCGCGCAACAGAGCACCAUGGACGAAUGGCAAUAUGUCUUCAUGAUCGGAGCCGCCGCUUACAUCGCGCCAGCGCUCAUAUUCGUCAUCUUCGGAUCAGGGCUGGUACAGAAGUGGAACGAACCGAAGCAAACGCAAACGACAACCGGUCACGAGCAUACCUAAUCCAGCAUCGAACCACAAUCCGGAAACUAUGUUCCUGAACGGCUAUUUCCCUUCCACGCCUGCUUUUCCCAACCCGCCUUUGAAUCUCAGGACAGCCACUUUGACAUAAGGUUGAUGAUCAUUCGAGCUUUAGCCAAGCGGUGGUGUAACAUUACCGGGCAAAUGGAAAGAAAAAAGUAUUAUUAGCAUUGAUACGCAAAAACCCAUACUCUCACAUUACAUUUAACUUUAUGUCUUCUAUUCGAUGCGUUUUAUAAGCGUCCAAACAAAUCCUACAAACUAAUCAAACAAAUCUCUAAUUCGGAAUGUUAACCAUAGCUUUGUUUACAUUGUCGCACGGGACACGGUACAAAGUUAACACAUUUCGAUUGCCCCAGAUGGUCGGCAAGGGGGCGUGGAAAUUCAAUUUGUUCUAGUAUCAUUCCAUGAAAGUUAACACGUAAAACUUCGCAUUUUUGUCGUCGUUUGGGAACUUGAGUUAUAAAAUUGUAGCAGCAUCUGCUUUCUGCUACUCCGUAUUUAUCAAUACCCAAAAGUGAUGUUUCAGCCAAGCGAAACUGCUUUAAUAUUGUUUAAAGCAUACAUUAGGUCAACUCGGGCACGUUUGUUUUAAAUUCGCAAAACGUCGUACAAAUUAUGCCCAUGUAGUGAAAUAGUAAGCUGAAGAGGUGGUU